UUCAUGCGCCACGGCGCUUAACAAUCCCACGUAUGGAACAAUCAUGUUGCAGUCGAGCAUAUCGCUUUGCGCUUCUCUAUCAACCUUGUCGAUGACUUUAAAUAAACGCCCUGAUCUUAUGAGGAAGUUGGCUGCAAUCCAUGCCGGUGACGAGGAACGGAAAUCGGUUAUCGAAAUCACAGCAGAAAUCAUGCAGAAGUUUUUCACUACAUGUCUCACCGACAGGUCGAGUCCGCGCUUCGCACAGCCUACGGGCAAGAAAGUUGGCAUCUACGUCUUCGCUAACAAGACCUUGAAACUAUUAACCAUGGUGCGUUAGUUACGCGUAUAAUCACGGCCGAUGCUCUACUAAAUCUCAUCAUGUCCUAGAAUAGCAAGUCCUACCUGGCCGCACAACUGUUGACCAACAUCAUGGCAAAGUCACCGCCGCUUUCAUACUAUCCAGCUGCUCAGAGGGUCACAUUUUUGUACUUUCUUGGCCGCUUCCAUUUUAAUCACAACCACUUCUGGCGGGCUGCGCAGUGUUUCCAGGAGGCUUAUUCACAGACGCCACCACGUUUUCUUAAACAUCGGCGAAUCAUACUCACGUACUUAAUACCGUCAAAUUUUAUCCUAGGCCGCCUCCCUUCACAGGCUCUUCUCGAACGGCCGGAAGCUCAGUCCAUGGCCCAGUGCUACUCCCAGCUUUCAUUAGCAAUCCGAAAGGGCGAUUAUAUACUCUACCAACACACCGUCAAACAGCACGAGGGUUGGCUAAGGAGUAAAGGCUUCCCUCUGUUUACCACCCUCCAAUGGCGUAUCCGACCACUGCUCUGGCGGUCGCUCUCGCGGCGAACGUUCCUGCUAACAUACACGCCUCCGGCGGUCGAAGAUUCGCGGAAAGCAGCCGUGUUGAAGCUCGUAGACCUCCGCACCACGAUGAGCUUCGUUCAGAAAAGGCUUGAGGGAUAUCUCCCAGUGCAGCUGGCUCCCAAGGGGCGUCAAUCCAGCGUCAAUAGCUACCUCCUGAAAGCUGUCUCGAACAGCGCAGGCACCGGUACCGCGGACUCGACGAUUGCUCUGCCUCCCGGCGGGCCCAGGCAUCUGGCGCCGGACGAGGGACUGCUAUCCGGCAACACGGCCGUCGACGAUCUCGUUGUCGAGAACAUCGUCGCGUCGCUCAUCAGCCAGGACCUGCUUCACGGGUAUAUAGCGCACUCGCAGGGCGCCUUCGCGAUCAUGGGCACGAAGCAGAAGGGCAGUGCGGUGGCAGCCGGUUGGCCCGAUGUCAGCGAGGUGAUCGACCAGCGGUCCAAGGAGUCUGUCGUGCCGGGAUGGGUUAAGGACGAAUAAGAAGCGUUUUAGGUACGUACAUGCGAGAAGAACGAUGAAGAUGAUAGGAGCUAGCUCAGUGUCCUGUUUUGAUCAAGUCAUAGAAGAGCGUCGUAUGGUACGGUACGGCUCUUGGUAUAGCGAAGUUAGCGAAUGAUACCCUGUAUGACCCUUUUUUUGUUUUGUUGAUAUUAGCAUUGUUUAUAUAACGAUGAGCUUGGACGGGUUGGCAUGACGCAGUUUAUAGGUUUAGAAUAUACUCGACAUCCCUAAGUUUACACGCUCUGGGGUAUCUAGGUACCUAAGGUAACCUUGUAUACCAAUUUAUAUUCAUUGCCUUGACAGUAUACGUAAAUCCUGCAAUAGCACGGUUAUACCAAGGAUGUUUCUAGAAUUGUAGAGUAUAUAUAAGGUAUAUAUAUAAAAUGAGUGUAAUAUAUACUACUUCUAUAAAGAACACCACGGUUUGUGCACAUUAGAUAUGAGGGCAUGUGAGAUAGCUCAUCAAAACUUCUAGGCUAAUCAAAUUCUCUUUCAG